GGCAGUUGUGUCAGCGUGUGGAAGGCUCUGGGAUAUACUGCUUUACAAUGAGAAAAGAGAGCAGGUUAAUUUGGUGGAGCUGGCGGAUUGUGGUUGUGGCAGCUUUGUUCUUCCUGGGCUUCAUCAUAGGCUGGUUUGCAAAACCCAUACAUUCAAACACAGCAAGCAACACAGCUUCCAGCAAGUAUCUGAGGGAGUUUCUGGAUGAAAUGCAGCCAGACCAGAUCAGAGAGCAUCUCAGGAAGUUUACACGACUCCCCCACCUGGCUGGUACAGAGCAGAACCUGAGAUAUGCGGAGCAGAUCAAGAAAGAGUGGCAGGAGUUUGGCCUGGACUCAGUGGAGAUGGUGCCCUAUGACGUCCUUCUGUCCUACCCCAACAAAUCACAGCCGAAUUACAUCUCCAUAGUUGAUCAGCUUGGUAAUGAGGUUUUUAACACGUCAUUGGCGGAGCCGGUCCCACAGGGCUAUGAAGAUGUCUCUAACAUUGUGCCUCCAUACAGUGCCUUCUCUGCCAAGGGACAACCUGAGGGGGAUUUGGUUUAUGUGAACUAUGGUCGUACAGAAGACUUCUUCCAGUUGGAGAGGGAGAUGCACAUCAAUGCAACUGGGAAGAUUGCCAUUGUCAGAUAUGGGAAAAUAUUCAGAGGCAAUAAGGUGAAGAACGCCAUGUUAGCCGGAGCGAAGGGGAUCAUUAUGUUCUCAGACCCAGCAGAUUACUGGGCUUCAGGGGUCCAGCCCUACCCUGAUGGCUGGAAUCUGCCGGGUGGAGGAGCUCAGAGAGGAAAUGUUCUCAACCUGAACGGAGCAGGAGACCCACUCACACCAGGAUACCCCGCUAAAGAAUAUACCUACAGAUUUAGCCUUGAGGAUGGAGUGGGACUUCCCAAGAUUCCUGUGCAUCCAAUUGGCUUCCAUGAUGCAGUUCUCCUGCUGAAGAACAUGGGAGGACAGAUUCCACCCAACAACUGGAAAGGAGGUCUGAAUGUCUCCUACAGGAUUGGUCCAGGCUUUGCUGGUGACUUCAAGAGCCAGAAGGUGCGUAUGAACAUCCACACUAACAACCAGGUGACCAGGAUCUACAACGUCAUUGGCAGGAUUAGAGGAGCUCUGGAGCCAGACAGGUAUGUGAUUCUGGGAGGGCACCGGGAUGCCUGGGUGUUUGGAGGAAUCGAUCCCAUGUCUGGGGCUGCAGUGGUCCAUGAAAAUGUCAGGAGUGCUGGCAGGCUGCUCAGUAAAGGCUGGAGGCCAAGGAGGACUAUAAUAUUUGCCAGCUGGGAUGCAGAGGAGUUUGGACUGCUGGGAUCUACAGAAUGGGCAGAGGACAAUGCCAAGCUGCUGCAGGAGAGAGCUGUGGCCUACAUCAAUGCAGACUCUGCCAUAGAGGGCAUGUACACACUGAGGGUUGACUGCACUCCAUCUCUACAUACUUUGGUGUAUGACCUCACCAAGCAGAUAGGCAGUCCAGAGGAAGGAGAGGAGGGAGUUUCUCUGUACGAGAGUUGGCAUAAGAGGGACAACUGGACGAAUGACCGUGAUGCACCCAGGAUCAGUAAACUUGGCUCAGGCAGUGACUUUGAGGCCUAUUUCAUCCGUCUGGGUAUCGCCGCAGGCAGAGCCAGAUACACCAAGAACAAGAAAACAGAGCGAUACAGCAGUUAUCCAGUCUAUCACAGUGUGUAUGAAACCUUCGAGAUCGUGGAAAAGUUUUACGACCCAUCCUUCAGAAGACUUCGGGCAGUGGCCCAGGUGAGAGGCGGGCUCAUCUUCCUCUUGGCAGAUUCCCAGCUGCUCCCUCUCGAUGCCAACCAGUACGCAGACUCACUGAGGAAGUACGCACAGAGUAUCGCACAGCUGGCGCAGAAGCACCCAGAGGAGAUGGAGAUGUAUGAGGUUUCAUUUGAAUUUCUGUUUUCUUCAGUGGACAACUUCACUGUUGCAGCCAGGGAUUUCCAUGAGCGCCUGCAGACCAUUAACAGAGCAGAUCCUCUGCAGGUACGCCUCAUGAACGAUCAGCUCAUGUAUCUGGAGAGAGCCUUUAUAGACCCCCUGGGCUUACCUGAUAGACCCUUCUACAGACAUGUGAUUUUUGCUCCCAGCAGCCAUAAUAAAUAUGCAGGGGAGUCUUUCCCUGGGAUCUAUGAUGCAUUGUUCGACAUUGAGAACUCAGCUGACCCAGAGAAGGCCUGGGAGGAAGUCAAGCGUCAAAUCAGCAUUGCAGCAUUCACUGUUCACGCUGCCGCUAUGACCCUAACACCACCUGCAUGAAGCGUGCACAAACAGUUGAAAGCCUCUGACUGAACUAUCAAUUGACUAUUAUUUUAGAACACCAAAAUGUGAUGAGAGGGAAUACACUACAUGCAACACACAGCGAUGGACAAUCCCUGUCAUGUUCCAGGAACACCCAGAGCCCAGUAAUACAGUGAAUCUCUGAACACCAUUACCACAGUACAACUUACAAAACUGUCCUUUUACUCUUGGUUCCUGAUUGUUAUGUGGCUACUCUAAAGUAAUAAUUUAUGCUUUUUUUUGUAAAAACCGUCCGUGGCUAAAGGGAGCCAAAUAAAAUCAACCCAUCCUUCACUUGUGGGCAGAAAACAACUUA